GCCGCAUCCUCUUGAGCGCAAGGCGACUUGCUGGCGGAUGGUUUUGCAGAAGGGCGAUUGCGUUGGAGCGUGGAACCGCGGCGGACUCCAGAGAAGACAUGGACAAACUGAACUGCAUUCUCCUUACAACCUUCAUUAUUCUAACUGUGUCCUGCAGUCCUGGCUACACACUCCGAUGCUACCAUUGUGAACAAAGCCCCCACCUGUGUAAGAUGAACGUUACCUGUGGCUAUGAAGAAGAUGCUUGCUUGCAAAUUAGGUUUGUGCAUUUGAGAACGUAUGGAUGCUGGAAAAUGUCACAGUGUACCAACAAAGAAGUUGCAGAUCAUUUUAAUGCUGACAGUUUUAGAUUCUUGUGCUGCCAAAGAGAUCUCUGCAACAAGAGUCUAAACAUCCUGCUCAGUACAGCUCCCCUAGCCAUUUCUGCAGCGACUGUGAUUUGGAUGACGUUCCAGUGAUAAUUAUGAUUUUUUAAAUGUAUUCUCUGUAUACAUCACACUUUCCCACCCUUUCUGAGUUGCUAUGUCUGAAGCAUUUGGGAAAGAGGCAUAUUGUCUUAAACAAGAAAAGUAUUAAGAUAUAUGAAAGAUGGCUGCAGCAUUAAAAUUCCAUCUUUUAAUAAACUGGAAAAUACUCCUGAAUGCUAGAAACCCAUUCUGUAAUAAACUGUUCUCAACUA